AUGCAGUUUCCUAGGAUAAACUUUGACUCACCUCUGGCAAGACUAGAAGAUGUCAAUGCCAAUCAACAAUCCGGUUACCCCACACCUACCUCAGUGCUGGACUCUUUAGCUAAUGGGAAUGAAUCAAGCUUUGUGAAAGACUUUGUGCUACCUACUCCGAUUCCAGAGGACACUGUUCUAUUUGAGCUCAUUGAGCUCUUUUUUGCCCACUUCCAGGACUCAUUCCCUUGCUUCCACCGAAUCACCAUAAUGGAUGAUCUCCGGACACGGAAAUUGCAGACUGAAAGCCCCUUACUACUAUAUUCAAUGUGCGCCAUAGCCGCCCGGUGGCACUCUAAUCCGGCUAUAAAAGCCCUAGAACGCGACUGGUACCAGCAAGCAAAAUUUUUUUAUGAGCUUACUGAACGCUAUCCAGAGCCUGGUCUUCGCACCCUCCAAGCAGUUAUAUGCCUGAUCUUCCACGCCACUACUGUAGGGGACUUUUCAGCCGGGUAUAUAUAUCUUGGGAAAGCCUGGAGACAGGCUUGCGCGUUAGGCCUGAAUCGCUUGGACGCAGAGGAGAACGGGACUUUUUUUGGGCCUCGUCCAGAACCAGAGACAUGUCUUGAGAGGGAGGAAAGUAGGCGAGCUCUUUGGUUGCUGUUUAUUGCGGAUCGUGGCCAGUCAUGGCCCACUGGAUGGCCUCAUGCAAUUGAUGACCGCCAUUUUAAGAUUGAUCUGCCGAUUGCGGAAGUAGAUUUUCAGGCUAUGACACUUCAGGGAACGCCCUUAACGCGCAAUCUCGACACUCUCAUCCGCUCGUGCUCAGCUCCUCACCCAGGCGACCCCCUUAACAUGUUCCAUUACCUAGUCGUCGCACACAUCAUGCUCGGCCGAACCGUCGAACAAGUCCAUUCCCUUCAUGACCCUCCCGACUCCCCCGAAUAUCUCCAACGCCUAAACCAUCUCGACGACCAACUCAUCAAAUUCCGGCUCGGUCUCCCCCGGUCCGCUCUCUACAUACUCGAAGCACCCGAAGAAGCUCGUGGUCAUGUUAUCUGGCUGAACACGGUCCUGAACACCAUUACCAUAUUGUUGCAUUAUCGCUGUGCGAAGUUCACCACUGACGAAGAGACAAACGCACACUUCCUUCAAGUCGUCAUCGCGGCCAGAAACACGGCGAAUGUUGUCAAGGACACCUCGCGCAUCAAUAUCGACCUUCUUCUCAACCCACACAUUGUGGCGUUGUACUAUCUCGCCGCUUGUGUCCUGCUUGUCCAGUGGCGACUGACCGGCGAUGAGGCGCUCAAAUCAGAGAUGGAUUUGUUGAGGUUGGUGUUUGAGAGGUGUCAGGAGGUGUUUGCAUUUUUAGGACUUAAGUUCAAGUUGUCGUUACAACGGGAUUUGGAAAAAGAUUUAGAGGGUAUUAAGGAGAUGAGAAUGAUGGGGUUUAGAGGCUUGCUGGCGGAUUGCUCGAAGUGGAAGUAUAUUAGAGAGGGAUUGGCGGUGUUGUGUUGA